AUGGCUGCACAGCACCAACAGCAAGAUGUACCUAAUCGCCUAUUAAGAAAUAAUGGAACUGUGCCGGACAACCUAGAAAAUAAGGUGAGUUUCGUAACUUCUUAUUAAGCUCAGCUUAUCAAGACAAGCCUUUUUUUAGUUUUCUACUUGUUCUACAAUAAACGUAACCCUAAAUUUAUUUUCGAAAUCAGCUUAAAUCGGAUCAUUCAGUUGAUGACUGAUUCUCUCUUUCAUAUUCAGAUUAUUCAUCAUUACGGGAUUUCCGAGAGACGAAGAACAAUUGAACAAUGUACGGAGGAAAACAACUUUCCAAUAGGGUAUGUACACACUAAUGAUCAAGUUGUUUUCACUGUAUAUUGUUUUACAAUAGUAGCGAACUGAAAGUGUACCUGUUUUUAGAACAAUUCGAUCAAUGAUCAACUCACACACUCACUUCUCACACAUUAUUUUCCCUCUUUUUUACUUUUAAUUUUUUGUCUCGAGGCUGACAAAGGCUGAACCAGCCGAGUGCAACUAACAGGAUAAGCAAAAAUUCAAAAUCAAUCGACUUUAAUCUUAUUUGUUUUCAGAAGGGGAGAGUCCAGUCAAUGUUUCUACCAUCUCGAGACUUCUUCAAGUGGACAGGCGAGUAUCCUAUCCCAUAUUAAUUCUCUUUAUAACUAUUAAGGAGCUGCCAUAAGUUCUUUCUUCAUAGUCUGUUGAAAAUACAUGCAGCUCUCAGCAGGAACUGCGCAAAGGUUAAAGAAUGUUACAUAUUCGCAAUUUAAGAAUUUGCUGUCGACUUUUAUGGAACUUUAGAUCUAUAAUAUCAGGUUGAGAGCUCGGUGCUUUGUUGGUUCAGUUAACUCAUUCGCCCCUGAACCCGUGCCCAUAGCCCGAAAAAUUUCCACGAAAAACUUGUGUCACUACCCACCUACUUUUCCUUUCAUCUAAUCCUAAGAUCCUAAAAGCUUUCCCAAAACAAUUUCCCACCAUUAUGAAGGCUACUAAAUGCCCAACAACAAAAAAAAAAAGAUGGAGGUAAGAAAGGCGAAAAAAGAGGAGAGGAGAGAAAGCGAAAAGAAAAGGUCAAGUGGACAAUCUGCUGUAAACUGAACAGCGCUGUGGUAAUUUUAAGCUCUUUAUAGCCAGACAGUGACUAGAAGGCCGCUCGACUAGCCUCAAAACGAGUUAUUCGACAAAAUCCUCAGUGGUGAAUGGGGUUAAAUAUGAAAUGCACGUUAUCACAGCUGAUGGCCGGUCUGGUUGCAAAACAACUAAACGAACAAUUGCAAAAACAACAACAACAAAACUGACAACAACGUUGUGCGCCAAAACGUAUUCUAGUAAAUUUAGUUACUGACUGGCCAUCUUCUCUUUAAUUUCCCUUUUUUAAUAAUAGAAUUUUAGAGCAUAAGCCAAGGGAAGAUCCAGGAUUUUUUAAUCGGGGGUGGCUAAUACCAACUGUCUACCAAACUGUACGUUGAUUUGUUUGAGUAGCCCUUCGGUUGUCCAAAAACAUGGCGAUUUAGAAAGGAUAAAUUGGAGACCGUAACAAUGCACCCCCUUGGAUCUGCCCCUGUAACCAUUUUAGGUAAUCAUUUUUACCAGCAUCUCGCACCAAAUCACCCUGCGAGCAGAACCAAUAGAAAAGGACUUUCUUUGCUUCUACCAACAAUUCCAAUACUAGCUAAGGCCUAGUUUUCUCCAAUGCAGACAUAAUUAAUAACUGGUGUAGUUUUAUUCUUGCUUUAUUUCAGGUUCGAAGUGAGAACCUCAACAUCAAUAUUGAUACAAGGUCAAGAAAUGUGCUGA